GCGACCUGCUCACUCGUAGUUCCUCCGCCUCGGUCUCAGCAGAGCGGCGAUGCGGUGUUCCUCUCCUGUAGCAACACAUCGAGGCGAGCUAAGGAUACACUCGUCUAUUUUUGUCAUAAUAUUUCGGUUUAGUUUUUUUUUUCUUUUAAUUGAUUUAAUAAGAAAACUGAAACAGCUCCGAAGAGAAACAACACCGCAAGCUCUCGUAUGCUUCUCUUUUUUUAAAAAGCAAUCUUAUUUGUUGUUGUUUCUGGUCUCAUGAAUACUGAAGGAGGAUAGCCCGAUGUAUUAUGGAUGCCUUAUCUGUUUGUGAAGGAAACGCUGCGGAUCUUAUGAUAAUGGACUCGGAUGCGGGCGAGAGAGCCGAACAAGAAAGCUCGGCAGGUGAGAUGGUGGAAGUGCCACAGGGUGCAGGAGAGCCCAGACCGGGCCUGAUCCACACAGAGGGAGUGCCCCCCAGCCCCCCAAGGACAGCCCCCCUCUCCCAGCUUUACCACCAGGUCCCUGUGGACACCGGCCCCAGCGAUUCGCCACUGCUGAGGAGAUGUCGCUACUGCGGGCACCGGCAGCCAACUACAGCCAGCCCCAGGCCCGAGCACUGUCCAAUCACAGACAGCCCUCGGCCAGACCGCCCCCCUGCCGCAGUCAGGACCGCCCUCAGCUGUAGCUCCUCCCCUGUGCCUUCCAGCCACGACACCGUGCACUGCCAUUGGCUACAGGGAUCACAUGACUCCAGGAACCACCAGCCAGUGCAGCAGCACGUGGUGACUGUCAGGCAUGAGUCCCAGUACCGGAUCCCUAGAAGCUAUUCCCAGCUGAUUGCUGACUGGCCGAUGUCAGUGCUGAUUACCUGCGCUGUGGUGUUCCUGGCAUGCUCAUUGGUUGGGGUGCUGAUCGGUCCCCUGCCAGACUUCUCUCCAGGCUUUGAGCCGCGUGGCACUGAAAUCGGGACGCGGAUGCAUGCCUGGAUCAAGCUGCAGGAGAGCACGGAGCCUGGGAAGCUACUGUCCCUGUCUCCCAACCAGUCCCUACUCAGUGAGAAGAAAGAGGGCGCUGUGGGGGAGAGAGAGGCUGUACCCCCCGGCCCUGAGACCAAGGAGAAGAGGAGAAAGAGGAGGAUGGUGGAAUGGGACUUCACGCAGGACUCCUUCUUUUGCAACUCUCCCAAUGUCAGCUUUGCUCAGCUGGUGUUCCGCUCUGGAAACUCGGACAGUCUCUGGAGUCUCUCCGCGAUUCACUCCAUGUGUAAGAUGGAAGAGGAACGGAUCCGGUCCCACUCUCACUUCCAGAACCUGUGCCUCAGGCGGGGCGAGGAGGGCGGGCAGUGCUGCCCCAGCUGGUCCCUGGGCAACUACCUGGCGGUGCUGGAAAACGUGACGUGUGAGGAGCUGAGCGAGCAGCAGCUGUCAGACCGGCUGCACCAGCUGCGGAGGUGCGCUCCCUACUACCACGAGGGCAGCCUGGCGCCGGCCUGCGGGGAGCGGGGCAAGGCCGGCCGCUGCUCCACCGUGCCCGACCAAUGCAAGAGCUCCAGCGCCGUCUACCAGAUCCUCCACUAUCUGGUGGACAAAGACUUCCUGGGGCCGCAGACCACUGGAUACCAGGUGCCCUCACUCAAGUACAGCCUGCUCAUCCUGCCCCUGGGCAGGGGGGAGUCCCUGAUGGACAUCUACCUGCAGAACCUGGAGGGCUGGGACCUGCGCUUCGGCACCACCGUGGUCACUGGCAUGGACCUGGGCAUCAAGAAGCAGCUGUUCUACUACUACCUGGUCAGGGACCUGGUCUAUCCCCUCCUAGGGGCGGCCACCCUCGUCCUGGCCACUGCCUUCUACCUGCGCUCGCUGCUCCUGGCUGCCGUCACUCUGGGGGCAGUCCUGGGCUCCUUGGGGGUCUCUUACUUCUUCUACAAGCUGGCCUUCCGCCUCGCCUUCUUCCCCUUCCUCAACCUGGCUGCUGUUCUGGUCCUGCUGGGCAGCUGCGCCAAUCAGGCCUUCACCUUUUCAGACCUGUGGGGCCUGCAGCUGUCCCAGAAGCCCCCCGCUCUCCUGGAUAAGAGGGUGAGCCGGGUGCUGCACGAGGCCGGCUACCUGAACCUGGUGUCCGGCCUGACGUCCAGUGCGGCCUUCUACUCGGGUUACCUGAGCAGCAUCACGGCAGUGCGCUGCUUUUCCCUCUACCUGGGCACGGCCACGCUGGUGAGCUCGCUCGCCGCCCUGGUGUGGCUGCCCUGCUCCCUGGUCCUCCGCGAGAGGUACUCGCACGUCACAGUCUCCCCACGGCCAGCCGGCAAGGUGUGCUGCGCCCCAAGCUCAGGGGGGUUCUGGGACAGCAGCUCCCGGAAGCGCUUCCUCUUCUCCCUGGAGCGCAAGAUGAGGGGCCUGAGCAGGGGCAUGACCAGCACCUCGGACCUCCUGUUCUUGAAGGUCCUGCCCUGCGGGGUGGUCAAGUUUCGCUACAUCUGGCUGUGCUGGUUUACGACGCUGGCUGCCGGGGGCACCUACAUCACCUGCGUGGACCCCGGGAUGAAGCUGCCCGUGCUGGAGAGCCAAGCCACUCAGCUCUUCCGCUCCAGCCACCCCUUCGAGCGCUACGACGCGGAGUACCGGCACCAGUUCAUGUUCCAGAGGCUGCAGAGCGGCGAAGAGAAGCCUAUGGCCAUCACGCUGGUCUGGGGGGUCCUCCCUGCUGACAACGGGGACCACCUCGACCCCCGCAGCACGGGCUCCCUGGUGAUUGACCCCGAGUUCAACAUGAGCAGCCCCGAGGCUCAGGUUUGGCUGCUGGAGCUCUGCGGCAGGACGCGAAACCAGAGCUUCUACUGGGAGCAGUGGGAGGGAGAGCGCGACAGAGGGGAGAGUGUGUGUCUGGUGGAGAGGCUGGUGCGCUGGAUGAGCAGCAGGCAGUGCUCCCUGAACGACAACGACAACAGCCUCUGCUGCAACCACAUCCCUUUCCCCUACCGCCCCGCUGUGUUCCAGCACUGCCUCGGCAUAUUCACCGCGGAGAGGAGGGAGGAGGAGGAGAAGAGGGGGCUGCGGUCUGACUCAGGGAGUGUGCGCUUCGACUCUGAGGGCCGUGCGGUGGCCCUGACGCUCGUGUUCGGGACUACCUACCGCUACAGCUUCAACUACAACCAGACGGCCCUCUUCUACCAGGAGAUUGACGCCUGGUUCCUGGAGGAGAUGUCAGGGGCUCCCCCGGGGUUGCAUGGGGGCUGGUUCGUGAGCCACCUGGCCCUCUACGACCUGCAGCAGUGCCUGAGCUCCGAGACUCUGGUGGUGACGGGCUUCUCGGUGGCGCUGGUCUUCACCACACUGCUCCUAACAACGUGGAACAUGCUGCUGAGCGUCUACGGUGCCGCGGCUGUGGGGGGCAGCGUCUUCGUGACGGUUGGGCUGCUGGUCCUGCUGGAGUGGCAGCUGAGCGGGGUGGAGGCCCUCUUCAUCUCAGCCGCUGCCGGGCUCUCUGUGGACUUUGCCGCAAACUACUGCAUCUCCUACAGCCUCUCCCCGCACUCGGACCGGCUGGGCAGGGUGGCGCACUCCCUCAAGAGGAUGGGCUGCCCCGUGGCGCUAGGGGCCGGCUCUUACUUCUGCGCCGGGAUCCUGAUGCUGCCGGCCACCGCCCUGGUGUUCCGCAAGCUGGGCAUCUUCCUGCUGCUGGUGAAGUGUGUGGCUUGUGGCUUCGCCACUUUCUUCUUCCAGUCCCUGUGCUGCUUCUACGGGCCCCAGAAGAACUGUGGCCAGAUCCUGUGGCCCUGCGCUGUUGCGGGCGUGGAUGCAGGAGGCCACAACACCAAGCAGGACAGUUCAGCCCCCGGCGUGGCGGCCACCAGAUCAGCCAAUAACGGAGUGUUUGGCUGCCAGUCAAGAGCCAGGAGGAGUUUCGGGAAGGGAGGAGGCAGGGGCGAGGAGCAGCUGUGCCAGAAUCAGCAGAAGCAGGGAGGAGAAGGAAGGGGCCGGGGGGAAGAGGAGGAACACUAUGAGCUGCAGCCUCUCGCCAGGCAGCUGAGCGACAGCUUCGAGAACAGCACCUGCACCAGCAAGCUGUCCAACCGGCCCUCGGUGCUGAGCGAGGAGAUCCAGUUCCGCGGACUGAGCCCAAGGAGGACCGUGCUGGGGAGGAGCGGAGAGGAGCAAGGGGAGGCUGGGAGGGGAGAGAACCGGGGGUGCCGCCUGCACAACUGCCCCCCUCCCCCCGCAUUGCAGACAUCCUCCCCCUACAGAGAGAACCUCCUGAGGCCCCUGGCUCCCGCACCAUCUCUGGGAGACCAGGCCCAGGACAGGCUGCUGUGCAGGAGGUGCCAGGGCCAGACCGGGGGGCUCCGACACUGGAGAGCAGCCUCCCUCUCCUCCUCCUCCAGCAUGGAAGACAUCACCCAGCCCCUGGACUCACGCCACCCCUCAGUCAGCGACGAAGGGGGAGCAGCCAGCAGCUCUUACCAGCACCACCCCCACCGGCGCCUGCUCUCCUCCCAGUCCCAGAGCUCCUUCGAUGGGCUCGAGGACUCCAACGAGACCUGCCUGAGCGACAUGGAGGGGGGGCCGGCUGCCCCACUGCCCCCCUCCAAGCCCCAGGAGGAGGGGCCACCGGGACAUCUCAACGGAAAGAGGGACACCUUGCGGCUGGCCCUGAGGGAGACGGUGUUCGAUGAAGCGCCCCCAGUGGCUGGGAGGGGCAGUGCGAGCCACAGGGAGCAGCAGCCUGUCAUCCUGCCCAACAGCAAGCCUGAUCUGCCUGACGUGUGGAUCAGGAGGGAGGAGGAGGAGGGAGGGGAGGGGAGGGAGGACAACAGCUGAUGGGGAC